AUGAAGUUCAGCAUUCUUGCUCUCUCAGCCUUGCUGACUUUCGCCGCUGCAGACACUACCACUGUGAACCCUUCAACUAUUACUGGUACACCCGAGAUUGAGUGCGCAAAGAGCUGCGAAGCCACAGAUAUCUGUUGCACAGCCAAAUGCUACAAGGUGCCCUGCCCCAGCGAUAACCAGGUGAAUGACACCAACAAGUGUGUCUCUGCCUGCCCUCAGGGCACUGGCUCCCCGGCCGACGCUCAAAAGUAUGCCGACUGUGAGCAGUCCUGCUACAGUUCGCACUUCUGGGGUGGCAGCAGUGCAACUACAACCCACUCUUCCGUAACUUCGACUGGUACUAGCAGCACUGCCACGCAGACUGGCUCCGACUUUGAUUCCAAGUCUUCGGGCAACAACGACGAAGAUGACUCUUCCUCGGGCACUACUACCAGCUCCUCGGGAUUCUCACAGCAGACUACCAACGCCGCUCCCAAUGUCAAACUCGGUGCCUCCACUACUGCCCUCUUCGGCCUGGUUGUUGCUGCCUUUGCCCUGUGA